UUGCUGUAAAAAAUGGCGACCGGUGGAGUAUGGGAUAACGAGGCGGAUACGAAUGCGCUGUUUCAACAGCACACGGUAGACGAUAUCCGACUAAUCGAACAGAAGACAAGAAUGGACAUCGACAAAAAGAAAGAAGACUUGAGACAAAUGGUUGGGGAAAGAUAUCACGAAUUAAUUGAUGCUGCUGAUACAAUUACAGAGAUGAAGAGUUUUGCAGGAAAUGUUGCUAGUUCUAUUGAAGAGAUGUAUAGACAGUGUAGAGAGCUAAAAGAGACACACCAGUGUCAUGGAGUGACUGGACGAGUUGAUCAUGCUUAUAGGUCAGAUAGUAGCUCAGGAGUUUUCAAUGUAGCCAAGCAGUUGAAGACGUUGUUUGACACGCCAGAGAAGGUGUGGAAUGCUCUUGAAUUAGGUCAACAUCUCGAAGCAGCCCGCCUUUACUUGCAGGCUCAAGAUAUUAUGACGGGUUUGCAAACAGAUUUAAAGCAGACACGUAGUCUGUCCAAGAACUUCCUCGCGUCGUUUCCCAUCUUGCAAAGGCAGUGGUCAUCUGUUAGUCAGUUCAAGACUGCUAUUCUUCAGGAAAGCAAGGUUCUUCUUGGUGAUUAUCGAGCAUCUCCAGAGAUUACUGCCCAGUCUUUGUGUGCGAUCUUGCUUUUGGAAGACUCAACGCCAAGACAGGCGUUCACUGAUUUCUUAGUUGCCAGAAAGGCUGCUAUGCAGAGUUUGUUUCAUAGCAGCCGACAAACAAGCAUCAAGAGUCAAAUAUGCAAUGUGGUGUCACUUGUGACAGCCACUGUGAGACAUAUAGAUGCUGUAUUCACACACAGGGAAUCAGGUUGUCUCCUUCUUGAUGUGUUGAAAACGAGUAUGACACAUAUGACGUCUUUACCUUUGGUACCUAAUGACGUGAUGCAUGCCAAUUGUGCUGAGUGGAUGAACACCUGUGUCCAGGACGUUCAUGCUGGAUUGAGGAAGCUGUUGACCUUCGUAAGUUCCAUUAAGGGACUGGCUUCUAUCCGAGACGCUGUGUACAGUCUUCUGCAAAAGGAUAAUCAGAGUGAUGUGUCUUGGUCGGUUACUUGCCAUACAGUAUUGGGUCGAUCUUUCAGUGUGUGGGACGAGUUUGUCAGAACAUUGAUUCUAGAGCAAUUGCAGACUAUACUACAUGAACAGUUUGUAUCUGCUGCCUAUAAGGGAGAGCGAUUACUGACUUCUGCUCUUGAAGGACUUAAUGCCAAUACCACCAGUCAGGAAACUCUGUUCGAGAGAGAUGUGGGAUUGUUUGUAUGGUCCGAGACCAGUAGUACUCUGACGACUGGAAACUCGCUAGGAUCAAAAGCUCGAGCUUGUACUCCAGCUAUCAGCAGGAUAUGUUCAGAAUUGGAUAGUGAAUUUGGGAGUAUAAUGAGAGACACUCAGUACUUUUUAUGUGAUGAGAAAGAACAGGGAGGCGUCAUGGGACUUAUGGAGGUUGUCCCAUUUGAACGAUUUUCAGAUUCUAACACUAUACGUGAAGCUCUUCGAACAUCAGGCUCUAUGUCAGUAACUAGAGUGUGCCAGUGGAUCCAAAAUGAAAUACAGAGAUUAGCAGAGGUGAUCAAACAGACUGAAGUAUCAGAAAGUGGAGAGGCAGUCGAGAAGGAUAUAGAUAGUUGUAUUUUUCUUGGCCGAUGUUGUCUGGCCUUUGCGGAAGAGUGUGCAAAUUUGCAACAGAUACUGCUAGGUGGCCUCACCCUUGACUCUCUUCACCACUCAACCUUGAGAUCUUCUAGACGUGCUAGGGGAAAUAGGCUGGCACCAGACCAACAUACUCUUGAUUUGACACAGCUGGACGAGGUCAAAGGACAACUGAAUGGUGCAUAUGGUACAGCUUUCAGAAUCUGGCAGAACUGGGUAGCUUCUGCUCUCACCAAUCACUUGACUCAUUGCCUGUUGAGCAAUGAUGUGGUCACCAUCCAAAACGCAACUGCUUGGGAAAGUAUCAAGUUGUCAGAGGAAACUGAGGGCGGAAAGCCAUUAGAAUCUACUCUAGAAGUUCCUUUCCAGGUUUCAUUGUUUUGUAUGAGAGUGCUAUUUGGUUUAUGUAAGGAAAUAAAUAGAGUUAGUGGCCACACAUUGGAAAGGUCUGUGGGACAGGAAUUAGUUGGAUUGGUGUUGAAAAAGCUGAUUUCUGUUUACGAUAAAUAUCAAGAGGAGAGAGGGAGAAUAAGCCAGCGACUUGCUGUACAGAACUGGUUCGAUGUGAGCUUCAUAUGCCAGAUGUUCAACACAUCAAAAUGUGACCAAGAGAUCAAAAAUCGAACUAAGAAGUUGAUUGACUGGUUGGAGUCAUGCAUAGAUCCUUUUGAUUUCAGCGUGCUAGAGCCAUUCUUGCAGUGCAAUUUGAUUCGACAAUUUCAACGUUGCUCAGUGAUGCUCGGACCGAUAGUGAGUGUAUCCGGUUCAACGUCGGCCUGGCAUCGAUCUCAGGACAAGAGAGCUGGACGAAGUGCAGCUACGCAGGAGUAUCACAAUAUUAUACCGCUCUCUGUGGGCGUUCCUCGUUUCACAUUGCUACCACAUCACACGAAUCCUCCCAGAACACCGGCAUCAAGACAUGAUAGAACGGUGGGGACACGCCAGCCUGUGGCAGAGUCUGUAAGCAUAGCCAGUUACUUAAAAGCAUAAAUAGUUUACAUUCAGAGAGACAGAGUUUACUUACAGCGCGCAGGGUGGUGCUUUCCCACAGGAGGAGGCUCAGUUGUUGAAAUUCAUAACAAAUGUUAGGUCUAACAGAAGAAACGGGGUAUUUCCUGACGGCUCCUCUUACCGAAAACGAGAUAAGUUGCUCUCAGAAUUGCCAGCAAUCUGGCAAGUGUCCUGAUUACACAGUUUCCUCUUGCAUAGCAGAGAUGAUUGGCAAAGUGGAAUAUAUAGUGGUUAUGUUACACUGUCAAGUGUUUCAUUACUCUUUGACCCUUGACCUAUAGUUAGAAGUUGUGUUGUGUGCUGUUUUUUCAAGAUUAUAUCAUCUCCAUAGUCAUGGCAUUUAGCAUAGUCAUGGCGUUUAGCAUAGUCAUGGCGUCUAGCGUCAGCAUUGUUUCAUGCCCUUGAAGCUACCAGAUUGAGUGGUGAAAGUCGCAGAGGCAUGUCUCUCUGCACUAAGGUCACAGGCCUCCUACACAUUUUGUCCGAGGGUAUCUAGUGACAGUAGUUGGCGUAGUGUGAUCGCACUGCGUUGAGUAGCACCCUAACAACUAAGUAGAUGUGAAGACAUCUUCUGUCUAAUUCGUAGACUUCACAUCGUUGUCUUCUUUACACAAACAUGCGCCUUAGGGCUAGUACACCACAGGGUAAACGGCUCUAGGCACUGUGUGGACACAUUGUUUAGAGAUCUAGGUUGCUUGCCGCAAAGCCCGUUGAUUGGACGUUGUGUCACAACUAUCUCG